AUGCGAGAUAUUUCACCAGUCCUCCCUCCCGCGGCGCCUCACACCUGGUUUCCCUCACCUACUACUACCCCUCCUUCCGUUAAACCCAACGGCACCACCGUUGUGCACGUCCCUAUCUGCCGGCGCGAGGAGUCGUUUUACAAUUUCUCAGAUUUUGUGCCGCGCGAUAAUCCAGUCGUGUUUAGCGUGGAACCCACACAGUGGCAUCGCAUACACCAGGGCGUGUAUUUGUUCCGGUACACGGAUUUCCGCGGUUGGCCUGCUGUGCAACCGGCUGCUAGCGAAUGGCGCAUUAAGACGUAUUUCCAACCGCUCACCAACGAUGAAGGAGGAAUGUUGCCGAACAGCGGUGGGAGAGCAAAGGUUGACUGGCUCCUACUUGAGGCGCGUUGGUGGUGCUGUUGGGCGCAGGGGUUUACUCACUUGGAGCCGGAGUUACGAUGGGUGUUAACCUUGAUAUUCGACUUGGUGGGCGUAUUGAUCGCGCAGCAGAAGGCGGCCACGAGCGCGAUAGCGGGAAGUGAAGAGGAAUGGAUGCGCAUCGGCAAGAUGCAGAUGCAGGGCCGGUAUUAUCUCGCUGGGCUGGUGACGGUUGUGAAGGAAAUGAAGGAGACGUUUGGGAUUGAGAAUUUGUAUAUUCCACAUUUCCCCUGGUUCGCUCGGGGUUAG